GUUGUGAGUUCUUCUCAACUCUUUGUUGUUUCCUUGAUAUAUUUCAUUUUGUUAUAGCUUUAUUUUCCGUUGUUUGUCUGGUAAUGGUUUUUGAUGAUAAAAAGGGUCUAGAAAUUGCUUACCUUCAAGCAAAAAAAGGUUAGUGGUUUCCAUGAUAAAUCUGCAUUAUCUUCUUUCUAAUCCACUGUUAUUAACCAUCUAAAUUCUGUCAUUUAAAUAGGUUACGAUGAGGGGGGUAUUCCAAUUGGUAUGUCUUUUUUCAGUUAGCUAUUUUUGUUUUACGCAAUUCAUAAAAACUGACUUUUCAAAUCAAAAAGGUGGUGCUUUAAUCCACGAAGAUGGAACAGUGUAUGGUGCCGGCCACAAUAUGAGAGUUCAAAAUGGUUCUCCAAUUUUACAUGGCGAGAUGUCUGCUUUGGAAAAUGCUGGUAGAUUACCUGCUUCUGUUUACAAAAAAUGUACAAUGUACACAACGUUGUCUCCCUGUCAAAUGUGCUCUGGAACAAUUGUAUUCUAUGGCAUUAAAAGAGUUGUUAUUGGCGAAAAUGAAAAUUUCAUAGGUGCCGAGUCGUUUGUUAAGGCCCACAAUGUUGAAUUGAUCAACUUGAAUGAUGAAAAGUGCAAAAAAAUUAUGAAAAGUUUCAUUGAUAAAAAGCCAGAAAUUUGGAAUGAGGAUAUCGCUGAAUGAAUAAGUAAUAAGUAAAAUUCUCCUGCAUUUUAUGGUCUUUUCGCCUUAUAGACUUGGUUCAGAAAAUAGCAAAUCAAUUUCAGCUACUCCUGAACCUAGAAUUGUGUAAUAUUGAUCAUUUUGUUUUGAUUUCUGAAUUAUUCGUCUUAUCAUUUUUCUAUCGAUUUGUUCCACCUUUUGAUGAUUAUUUUUAUAUCUUUUAUUUUGAAUUAUUGUUCUUACGUCUUGAAUCGCUUGUUCAACAUCCUUUAUACUUGAUUUUAAACAUCUACUUGUAGAAACCAAGUUGUGAAAUGAAACUACUCCUCCGAUUACCAUAAAAUGAUUUCCGCAAAAAACUAUUCCAGAUCCAACUGCUGAUGCUUGACGCACAAUUUUAUCUUGUAAAGCUG